AUGGCUCCCCCUCCGACGUAUGAAGAAAUCUGCGAUAUCGCCAGUAAGGCUGUCACCAUAUUCAAAGAUCAGGGCUAUGAGUGCUGCCUGUUCGGAAGCACAGCCUGUGCACUGUUUGGCACGACGAGAUGUCCCAACGAUGUGGAUCUCGUUGUUCUCGCGCCUGAUGAGAACACCGAAUACUUGAAGCAGCUCCUGGUGGACAAUGACGAUGAUGGACGGUUCUUCCUCGUACCCUCGAGAAAUCGUCGCGCAAAUUACGAGGUGCUAUGGUACCAGCUACCAUCCACCCGCCGCGGUGCGGAGCGUCAGUGCAAGGUAGACAUCCUGAUCCCAGGCGAUCUGAACAUCCCGGACAUCCCCAAAGGACAGGUCAAGCGCAAAAACUACCUUCCCGUAAUGCCACUGCUCCCCCUGUUGCUGUUGAAGCUGCAGGGAUGGACGGAUCAUCGCGACUCCAACCGGCGGGACUUCCGGGAGAAGCAACAUGUCGAUGUCGAGGACAUUGACGAGCUCCUGUCGAUUGCCUGCGGUACACACACACAUGUCAGCAGCAACAGCCUCAGCUGGCUGCCCGCGGACUUCGUCCAGGACGCCCAGGGGCGUAUCUACGAAUACGUGGACGAGUUCCCGCACUCAGCCUUGGAAUGGCAGACUCUCGGUUUCGAAUCAUACUAA